GGAGCUGUUUUUUUGUGCAAGGCAAACAUAAACAAAUCAAACUGCCGGCUGGUUAUUGUUUUUCUACGCACGUGUAUUAACAAUUUGUUUGAUUUUAAACCAUUUUUAUGCGAACAAUGUGCGCUGCCAAGCUAGUGCAGUACGUUAUCGUAAAUGGAGAAAUUGCAAAAAGCUGGCCAAAAGGCGCUCUCAUUGCUCAGUGUUGUCAUGCCGUUGCAGCCGUCGGGCACUUGUACGCUUCCGAUCCGGACACGGUAGAGUACUUUAAGGACCUGGACAAUAUGCAUAAAGUAGUGCUCGAGGCACCGGACGCGGGCAAACUCGUCAGCCUGGGCGAAGUGUUGCAGCAGAACGACGUCAAGCAUAAGGUGUGGGUUGAGCAGCCCGAAAAUCUACCAACCUGCAUUGCGCUAAAACCGUACCCCAAGGAGGAGGUUCAAAAGUACAUGAAGAAAUUUAAACUGCUUAGCUAGUAAGGGUCUGCAGUGUGGAGGAAAAAGGCGGUAUGUUGUACUAUGGUUGUUUGUGUUACACCAUUUACACCAUCGAAUGGUUUGCUGGUGUGAUGGCAGGUGAUACCUGCAAGUCCUUGGCAGUGCCCUGUACGCUAUCAUCCCUGAACCAUCGUCACAAAAAUCGAAACGGAUGAGCAAAGGAUCGAAUAAGAAGUCAACAAAAUCGGAUCCAA